GAGGGAUUGCACGAGUGCAUGAUGGGCGUAUGAUGAUCCCGGAGAAUUCGGUCCACAAUGAGCCUUCCAUCCGCUGACAGUUUCCACAGCAAUGGAUCAGAUGGCAGACCAGAAAACCAGAACAGAUGAAGAAUGUGGAAAAGAAAUGGAAAGGAAAGGUGGAAAGAAAUGCUCUUUGGUAAGAGAUGGGGAGGUUCUGAGCGAGGCCCCAGUCAGUGUCCGGAAGCUGAGCGUCAUUCCAGAGAACGAGACAGAUCCAGGGAAGGCCGACACAGACCAGGCCUCCCAUGAUCCUCAGCGGCCCAGGGAGAAGGACAGCUCCACUUCCUCUCUGUUCACUGUGAACAAGUACCGCAGGAACUCCUCCUCAUCAGACUCUCUCUCCACCUCCUCUAAUCAGACCGACACAGGAGCUGACUGUGCAGGGAUUGUCCUGGACUGCCUCUUCUGUAGGUUCUACAAUCUGUUCCUCAUGUUGCCAGCCUCAUGUGACGAAGCCACCUAUUGCUGCUGCCCUUCCUACAGACAGUACUCCUCCUCAGUGGAGGCCAUACCUAGCAACGACUGCAACUGUAACUUGGACUUUGACUGUGGCCUGUUUGACACCUGUCAAGAGACAGAUGUGAGGACCAACAGAAUAAUCCUGCUGUUCAAACAAGAAGAAAGUCACACCCAUGUUGUCGUAGACACUGAGCUCAUGUAA